UCUUUUUUAGUCCCAGACCGCGCGCCUUCAAAUGUGUCUGCGCGAAACCUGAGUGCUACAGAACUCCUGGUUAAGUGGGAGCCACUCCCAAAAGAGUCUUACCACAGCGUUCUUCUUGCCUACCGAAUUAAUAUUUCGAAGAUUGAGAUCAACUUUACAAGAAUCAUCAACGUUCCACCCAACACAACCAAUCAUCGCAUCACAGGACUUGACACCUACACACGUUAUGUCGUCAGCGUAGCAGCAGUGAAUGACGUUGGCCAAGGAGUUUACAGCGAUGACGUCAUUGUCUGGACAGAGGAAGGCGGUAAGCUGAUUUUUCUCAUUUAUCAAAUUUGACCUUGCGUUGUGUCGGUCAUUUGAGUUUUUUUAGUUAUUAUUUUGAAUUUUAAAUGUCUUUUUUUCGUCCUAGCUACUUGAAUUCCGUGGAGGAAAUAUUAUUUCAUCUCUAAGACUGAAUGCUUUAAUUUUAAUUUUCUAGUUCCCAGCCACGCUCCAAACAUCAGUGAGAUAUUCUACACAAGUUCAACGAGUAUUCGAGUGACCUGGGAACCACUGUCGCCACACUUUGUCCAGGGACGGUUGCUAGGUUACCGAGUUGUUUAUCGGCAAGUUGACGGAGAAAACUGGGAAAAAUGGAAGGCGAUUACCACCGGAAACAAGGAGCAUGGUACAAGUAUCACUGGCCUCAAGAAGUAUGGAGCCUAUGUAGUCCAAGUCGGAGCAUUCACAAGAAAAGGGAAUGGACUGCUGUCUAAAGGAUACAUACUCCGGACAGAUGAGGAUGGUACGAACUAGGGCAGGAGCUUCUAACCCGGAGAGAGCAACCUCCUUGCUCUCGUGUCGCGACUUUUUCACGGACUAGUUUAUUUUAGAACGGUUUAGACGCGCAUUUUGAAUAUCCUUUAAAUUCCACAAACUAGUCAGCAAAACCUACAGACCAAAAAAUGAUGCCUCCUGAUAGCGUUUAGUUUUCCUUUUUGAUAUCUUAUACUUAGAAUGCGCUUAUAGACACGGUGGAGAUUCUAUUUUCGCGGGAAAAAGUGCCCUAAAAUGUGUCUAAAAAUGAACUGGUCCCUAAAAACGCCGUGACAUAGGCCUAGUGUGGGAGUUGCUCCCUCCGGGUUAUGGGCUCCUGACUAAGGCUAGGUACACACGGCAACGGACGAAUUUGCGACCAGUAGGAAAUUCGUGUGUUUAGGUGCGACCAGGAGUCCAUGUCAUGGGCUUCCUGUGUGACCGUUCACACGGAACCACCCUUACCGUACGAAAAUUUACAGCCUAACCGCUCAAAAAGUUGAAUGCCAAAUUCGAGGUCAAAUCUUCGACCGUACGCGCGGUGUGUCCAUAUUGACGGUUCAAAUUCUUGUACGGCCAAUUUUACCAGCGUGGUGUGAACACCAUAACUGUUUAAAGUUUUGUACUGCAAAUUUGACCAGCGCGGUGAACAUCACCAUAGUUGUAUAAAUUUUUGUACGGUUAAGGUGUGGCUGCAUGUUUGCCUGGUAACUCAGCUAGGAGGUACCAUUUUGGAUUUGCGCUCUGCACAUGGGCAGACGAUAAAACCACUGAGCAAAGCUGAGAAACGUUCAAAUUCAACGUGAUUUGCCAGUUCUGUAUGAACAAAGUGAAAAUACAGUUACACCUCCGUUGUAGAGAGGUUGAAACAAGAUUGAAUGUAGGGACUGUCCGCCAAAAGAAAUGGCCGUUGUAGAGAGGUGGCCGUUAGGGGAGGUUUGUCUGUUUUGAACUUUUCACCCAAAAGUAAAAAAUUAAAAAAAAAACUAUUGUGCCAGACCUAAAAAAUGUGGGUUCUUAUAUGCAGGUGUUUACUGUUUGUUGCGGAUUAAACGACUUGUUUGUUUGCUAUCCCUAGUUCCCUCAAAACCACCACAGAAUCUGACUGUCGCUAAAGACAACUCUACCUCAACAAGCCUGUUCAUUCACUGGCGCCCAGUCCCCGCGAACCAUCAGAACGGCAUUAUCCUUGGGUAUCGUAUCAUGUACAAAAAAUCCGCCAGUGAAGACACUCUUAAAACAAAGAAUGUUUCCGCGAGAACAACUGCAACAGAACUGAAGAACUUGACCAAGUUUACGGAGUACAGCAUCACGAUCUUGGCAUAUACAUCUAAGGGCAACGGUGUCCGAGCAAAAUUUUUCACCGCUUCUACCACCGAAGACCGUAAGUAUCUCAUAAGUGUCCCUCGCAGCCGUUUUUGUCACGCAACGUGGCGUGACGAGACAAAAACGGCUGAGAGGGAGACUAAAGUAUCUCAUGAGCGAAGUAAAAAAUGUAUCAAAAGAAAAAUACUACCUGAUAUUUUUUGCUUAUUUUUGGGUGGUGACGCUAAAUAGCACCACACGGAAGUCCUCAGUUCUCUCAGUGCUCGUUCAUCUUUAAAUUGAAUAGUUACACCAAGGAUCAAAAGUUAGAACCACCUUGCAUUGCAUAGUAUAGUAAUCAGUACCAGAUGAAAGUACUGCUUAGUAGCUUUUGCUUGAAUGGUAACACUUUAGGAUUUCAUUCACAGACUCAAAAGUUAGAACCACCUUGGACGAUAAAUAGUACCAAUGGAAAGUACUUCUCGACCUUCUCAGUACCUUUCGGUCGAAUGGUCACACUUUAGGACUUCAUUCAUAGAGUCAAAACUUUGAACCACCUUGUACAGCAUAAUAAACAGUACUGCUCAGUAGCUUUCAUUUGAAUGGUCACACUUUAGGACUUCAUCCACAGACUCAAAACUUUGAACCACCUUGUACAGCAAAAUAAACAGUACCACAGGAAAGUACUGCUCAGUAGCUUUCGUUUGAAUGGUCACACUUUAGGAUUUCAUCCACAGACUCAAAAGUUAAGACAACUUUGCACAGUAUAGUAGAAAUUACCAUCAUAAUGUGACAGCGGAUUUUUGUUGUUAUAUUUGUCAGGGCCAAGCAAGCCGCCGACAUUAACCAGAGUCUUCAACACAAGUUCCACAUCAAUUCGUGUACACUGGAGCAAUAUACCACAGAAGUACACUCACGGGAUUCUUGUGGGAUUCGUUCUUUUGUAUCGAGCCAUGAAUGAAUCGCAAGACAUGUACGGGGACGUUGAGGUGGGACCUGACAGAGACAACUUGGAGCUGACAAGACUUUGGAAAUAUACUAAAUAUGGAGUUCGAGUGCUGGGCUUCACCAGGGUGGGAUGGGGAGUUAUUAGCCCAGAAGUUGAGGUGCAGACGGAUGAGGAUAGUAAGUAGACAAUUUAAAGCUUUUUAUCGCACUCAGUCAAAAUGGUUGGGUGUCGUGACGCCCUCAUAAACCAGCUACUUCUUAGACAGUUUUCCGUCUGGUAUUUUUGUUAGAUCGUCGAGAUUCAACGCUUGCUAUAACGGGUGACCAUCUUGGUUUCAAAUAUACCGAGGGUAACCUAAGGUGGAGUGUCAAAUCUACCUCCCGACCCCCACUCCCUCGGUUUGUCCUCUCGAUACAUCUGACACCAAGAAGUCCAAGAUGGCUGCCCAUCUUUGUAAGUGCUCAAUGUUUUUAAGGAAAAACUGAGGUCUGUUAGCUAUUUCUGCACGUGGCGCUGUAAAAGAUAGGGAUUUCACAUCGUUUACUCCGUUAUAGGGUCAGUAUAGUAUAGUAUAGUAUAUAAUUAGAAAAGAGUUUUGGAGUAGAAUAAACGCUUUACUUUGCGCGUGCAAUACUUACUAUUGAGUUGUCAUAAUAAUAAUAAAUACUUUAUUAUUAGAUUAUUAUUAUAAUUAUUACUAUUAUUAUUAUUAUUAUUAUUAUCCUCUCGCCUUAUGGGGCUUUUCAGGCGUUAUGAACCAAUAAUUCAAAAGAAACAUAAAUAUACGCCACUUCGAUUUCCAUAUUCGUCGUAAUGCACCUUAUUGGCCCCCCAAAAUUUUGCAUAACCUUUGUUUUUCAUUUCUCCUGGGUAUUACAGCCGUCCCAAGAGAAAUUGAAAACAAUGCUUUUACAAAAUGCGGGGGGCAAACAAGGUGCAUUACGGGAAAUGUGGAAGUGGUGUAUGGUUAAGAAUCCCAACUGGUAGGACGCGAACCUGUUGGCUACUUGUGUGCGUGGCCUGGGAUUUGAACCCGGCGCCAGCUAGCUGUCAGGGCGGGUAAAUUGUAAUUUGUUAAAUUGUAAUUUUGUAAUUUGUUUACCGACGGAGCACUAAGGAGUUCAUAAGAACUCGUUGAAACGUGUCCGUGAGUUCAGAUCGAAUUGGAAUUUGAAAGUGUUGGUUUUUAAGGAGAGGGGAAAACCGGAGUACCCGGAGAAAACCCUCUCGGAGCAAGGGAGAGAACCAACAACAAACUCAACCCACAUAUGGCGUCGUCGCCAGGAUUCGAACCCGGGCCACAUUGGUGGGAGGCGCGCGCUUUCACCACUGCGGCAUCCCUUGCCCUGUAAAAAAAUUGUACUCGGGGCCUCUGGAUUACAAGUCAAGCGCUCUAACUGUUUGGCCACGUUGCCUCCAGAAUCUAAAGGUCUCUAUUGCUUAGUAAACAGAUACUAUCCUUUGAUUACUCACAGCUCCGGGAAUGCCUCCAGAAAAUGUUUACGCCGCCAACAAGUCAACCCCCACAACGAUACCAGUCACGUGGCAACCAAUCAGCAACCCGUAUUUUGUGCACGGGAUUCUUAGAGGUUAUACGGUGACAUACAGAGCCAUCAGUAAUCCAAACCAGCGGCUAGACGAGAAGGAAAGAAACAUCACAGUCGGACCCAACACUACUUCCGUUGUGCUGAAUAAAUUGUCUUCCUUUACGAUUUACAGCAUUGAGGUUCGUGCGUUCACGGUCAAAGGAAACGGCAUUCCAUCUCAAGUAAUAUUUGCCGGUAACGAAUUCGUUUUUGGGUUUUCGUUUGAAAAGCAGUUACUUUGGCAAGCAUAAACGGGGAUAGUGAAGACGGGGGGGAGGGGUGGGGAGUAGAGUGCAAACGUACCGGAAGGAAAAGGGAGUAGAAAACUGAAACGAGGUCGCCUGUAAUUAAGAACUCCUCCCCUUGUUGAUUUUCCUAUUUUUUUUCUUCUUCGCUUUCUUGCACUCCCUUCUUUGGUCCUCUUUGACGCUACAUUGGGUAAAAAGCACUCAAAAAACAACCCCCACUAGAAAAACGAACUGACAGUAUGUCGUUGUGGUCUGGGCAUUGAGCGUGGCAAUAUCAAAAACGAGUUUCAAUUAUGCGAAAAAGCCAGGCAGAAAAAAUACCAUUUAUUUUAUGUUAGGCAACGAUUUCUAAAAUUUUUCUCUUCACGGGUCCUAAUAAAUAUGGUGCUUAAAAGACUCUGAAUUUUCUCUGCCAUUUAAGAGUAAUAAAAAAUAGCGGAGUAUAUACAAAAAUAUCAAGUUUGUAUUGAUUGUAUUAAUUUUACGCUUUUUUGAUGUUUACAGAGACGUGCAACUGCUACAGCACGAUUUUCACAAACUACUGGCUUAACCCUCCAUAUAUGGACAAAAACAGUGACGGCAACCAGACCGGUAUUUUCCCGCCAAUUUUGCGGCUGCUAGUGCGCAGCUGCUGCGGAGAGUGUGCAGCACAUGGCUACACGGAGAUUGACUUCCGCUCCUCGGGUGACAAAGAUUCGGCCAGAAAGAGCACAGAAAAGGAAGUAACGGAAGACAUAGACGACGCGACAGAAUUAAGUUUCCCCGUGUACGGAAGGAUGGAUCAAAUGGAGUACUCUAAAGAGUAUGGCUUUGCGCCUUUGGUGCAAUCCGCUGGCGUGGCUUUUAUUGUGGGCGUCGAUGAACCAGGCGCGGCUGCUAAGAUGGUGGUGAAAGCCGUGUUCAAUCUGUGGCCUUUGAUUAUUACCGUGUUUAUAUCUGCAUUCUUCUCUGGAAUCGUCAUGUGGAGCUUGGUAAGUCUGACGGUAUUCAAAUUUUCAAAAUUGUCAAAUUUAUUGUCAGAGCGCCACUUGCAAGCAUAUGUUUUCUAGGAAUUACGAAAACAUUAAUAUGUACGUGGAGGCUUAGUCUUUUGAAUUUUCCUUUUCGCAGGACUUCGUGUUUAAUGCGAAUGAGUUCCCAGCCUCGCCAGUACGGGGACCAAUUGAAGGAAUGUGGUGGGCGUUUAUCACCAUGACAACGCUGGGGUGAGUGCGGUUAUAACAUGGUCACAUAAGCUCACAUAGUCAGGGCGCUUACCGUCUAACUAGUACCCACUGAAUUUGGAGCGUCAUUAUUAUCAUUUCUGGGCAACAUAAUCUAUGAUUUUUAGUAAAAUUAAAGGAUUCAUCUUUUUCCAAGUGAUAUCUUAGACGUUUAGCGCCGUAUCUCAAUAGAAUUAAAACACAAUUCCUAGUCAUCAAUCGAAAGCAAGCCAAAUUCCAUUCGCUUAACGCGGGUCGAGUUUUCCCUCGCUAACUGCACUGGUUUAGUUUUUCCUCGCUUGGCACGGGUUAGGGUUCCCGCGCUCUUGGAUAAGUGGGUUGAGUUCGGUUCUUUCCUCGUUUGCUACCGGUUUUAAAAUUUCCAAGUUUGACAUAAGUUUUCCUGCCAUUAACACCGAUUACACAUUAUUGCUUCGAUACUCACGUCAGUUCGUUCACGGAGUAAAUAUAUACUACAACUCUUUUGGCUUAGAAGCUUUGUUUCCUCGAACUCAUUGCCUUCCAUUUAAAUACAGUCAAUAUUCCUUUUUGUUUGUCAGGUAUGGAGACCGCGUACCACGCGCGAUACACUCAAAGUUGUUUGGCAUUGUGUGGAUCACGUGUGGGCUGGUCAUCAUCGCGCUUGUGAUGUCAUUUAUCACUACGUCACUGACCAUGAAUAUUAUCAAAUCCGAUAUUCCUGUAUAUGGCUCUAAGGUAAGCUAACAAGCUGUAAAAUUCAUGCGACCAAGAACAGCUUUGCUAGAAUUUCGUCUUCCGAUAAAGAAGGAAACAAUACCACCGGCUUUUGGUGAAAGGCGUCUCAGCAAGACGUUUAGAGAGUUUGGGAAAAUCGGUGUUGGUGUAACUCACUAACGUAUAACAAGCCUUCCCUUGUAGCCAGCAAAACGAUGUCACGUCAAUAAGCGCUUUGUACUGAGUUAUCUUGCUUGUUUUUCCUAUCUUUGUUUGAAAGGUUGCUGCUAUAAGUGAUUCAGCGGAAUAUCGUCUCGGAAUUCGAAUGAACGCCAAGAUGAGUCAAGGCAAGUGUUUUUCUAGUAAGGGACGAGACUGGCCCCAGUAUUUCGAAUUCCGAUUAUUACCGGCGAAACCGGGGUUAAAUUUUAAUCCGGUUUUAUGUUAGAACUUGGUGUUUGACUUGCCGAGCCUAGUCCCUGUACGGCCUUUUCCCAGGCCCUCUUGGUCAAUUCACUUUGGUGUCCUAUCGGAAGCGAAUGGGCGAAAACAUCUUCGCUUAGACCUCGUGACCCGAAACGCUUUGGCCGCGAAAAAUAAUGAGGCCUAGGGACUAGGCAAGUGUUUGAGGAACUCUAAGAGCUUUAGACUUAGAUGAUACCUGGAUGUAACAUACACGUGUUCCUUAAUAAUUCUCUCUAUUUUCUGGUCCGAAAAACUGAGAUUUUAGCGAGUUAACUGGCUAGACGCUGUCACGUCUUUCUCGAACUCAGACCUAAUGGUCUUAAUCCUUCUUCACAGCAUAAGUAAAACAUUUAUUCAACGACGCUAAACUCAGCUAUUUCUACACAACAACGGAUAGUUUUUCGUGCGUGCAGGCAUGAAAAACUAACCGGUACAGUAUGAACGGCAUGCAACAGCACAGAACUGGAACAAGUCGUUCAGACAGAUCAAACAUCAUAUAGGAGUGGUUUGUCUUUACUUCUGAAUAGUUACAUCCGUCUUAGUGGGUUUCAGUCGCUGUAACUCAUUUACUUCCUCUACGGUCCGAAUACCUGUUCACACUACGACGAAGAGUGGCGCUGAGAAACCUAUCGGAUAUGUGACGAACUAUUUUCAAGAUCGGCGCAGUGCGGCACAUCUUCUCUCCGUUACAGAAAACGCUCCGAAAACACUUUUCUUAAAAGACAAACCCUAUCCGGUAUGGUUUUCCCGUCGGCGCAAAAGUGUUUUAGAAUGCCGUUUGCGGCGACUCUUUGUAAUUUCAAAACUAUAUGCCAGGCAAUCUCGCCCCCAGCGCGCUUUUCCAUUCAAGUACAUGGGAGUGGUGGGAAAAGGCCCUGGCGUCAGUCGGUCACAUGAUUUCCCUCCCCUCCCACCUUUGAAGAGAAAAGUGCCCUGGGAGAGAUUGUAAGCCACACACUAACAUACUUUGUUUGAGAAUUCCUUGUAGACUUUAACUAAGGCCAUGUUCACACCAUACUCCGGAUAGUGAGGGGCAUAAAAAUUCUCCCAGGGCACUUUUCCCUUCAAACGUGGGAGGGGAGGGAAAACAUGUGACCGACUGAAGCUAGGGCCUUUUCCCACCCCUCCCAUGUACUUGAAUUGCAAAAAGGCGAAGGGGGUGGCUUAUAGUUUUGGAAUUAUAAAGAGCCGCCGCAAGUGGCAUUAUACCGGCCUGUUUACAUGGAGGUGUGGGACCCCAGUUAGGUGAGGUAACCUGCCUGUCCGUAUAAUCUCUCAUUUUAAUUUGAUCACGUUUACAUGAUAGGUGGGGUGACCCACCACACGUUACCUCACCUAUCUGGGUCCCCCACCUACAUGUAAAAAGGCCCUAAAACGCAGGGUACACCACUCUUAAGGGCUUGCAUACAGCUUUCACUAACCCGCAUGUGAAUGGAAUCCUCAUCGAUUCAUACAAUGUUGGAAGGUUUCUGGGAACUGCCUACCUACCCCUCCCCUAAGCCAGUAUUAACAUUUACUUAUCUUUUAGGGCAAAAUGGUGGCUUAGGCGAGGGGUAGGUAGGCAGUUUCCCUGAAACCUAAAUUGAUCCAAAACGUCUUGUUACACAGGGUACACUACUCUUAAGGACUUGCAUACGGCUUUGACUAACCGGCAUGUGGACGGAAUUCUCAUCGAUUCAUACACUGUAGGAAGUCGGAAGGAGCUGUUUAGCGAUGGUCUUUCUCGCGUGAGCAAGAUGAUAGAUUAUUCUUCUGCAUACGGAAUAGUGAUGGCAGGUUACGCCAAAAAGCUUCAAAAGUGCUUCCGGGGAUUUCUAAAGGAAGAGAAGGCUGUAGUGUUUGAAAUCAUCACCAGUAACGUCCAAGGAAUUACAGUAAGUUAGCAAGUGCUGUGUAAAUUUCCAUCUCCAUUGCAAUGAGCUUUUGCAAAAAAAGUUGACAUCUGCAAAGCGCAAUAGGUAAUACCAGUACUACAAGGGACUUUGUGUACACUGAUUAUGAUUUUUUAAAAGCGGGAGGUACUUGCUGUAAGUAUAGUUUGUUUACCUUUUACAUGGGCAAACCAGUCGGUCCACGGUUUGGGUAAAUGGUACUCAAAAUUCAGGACUGGUAAAUUUCGCCCGGGAAUCGCGUUUACCAUUUGCACAAAUCAGUUCUAUUUACCGAAAAAUGACCGCGAAGGCCUGAAACUGGUAUCAAAGAUUGCUUUGAAGAAAUGGAACACAAAUCUCCGUUUGGAAUACUCCGUCCCGAAAAACAGGACAACCUUUUCAGAUGUUCCGUUGCUCCCGGAAAUUUUCGCUGGAACGACCAACAAGACGUGUUCCAUCUACUCUCCAACUGGAUUUUCUGGAAACUCUUUUUUAAUGGUAAACAACCUUGGUGUUGAGAAAAAUGGGGUUAUUUGGAAGGGUAACCAGAGGGAGAGCGAUACUGCAUAAUGUUCCGCGUUUCGCCAGUGUAGAGGAUCUCAAACAGCAACUCCCGGACAAAUGGCGCCCCAGCGAAGAUCGUUAUUGCAAAGAUCUUGGCAUCAUGAACAGUUUUCGUGCAUUUGUUUGUUUAGUGCCACUGCAAAAUGCAAAUAUUAAGUUCCUCUAAUAAUCCCAUAAUUCUGUUGGGUAACAGUAUUGCCUAUUGUACUUAAAUGAUGUCAACCACUAGGACAAUUACAUGAUGACGUCACUUUACUUCAACUACCAGAACACUUCAGUGUGUUCUUCAGUCUUGUACAAAUAAGGGCUAUUGGUUUUUAAUUCUCAGCGGAAAUGCUAGCCUGCGAACAGCAGACGCAUUUCAGGUCGUCGCUUCUCUCAACGACCGGUAAUGCGUCUGCUGUUCGCAGGCUACGGAAAUGCCAGAUUUGAACAAGAACGCAAAGACAAAAUGUAUUCUGGUAGUUGUAGUCAAAUGUCGUGAUCGUGAAAAUGACCAAGUAGCUGUACAAGAAAAAAUGCUUCUAUUGCUUAUUCUUCAGGGACUACAAAAGGAUAAUGCCGCUUCUAAAACAGAGGGUCUGUUCGACGCAGAGUCCACAGCGUGCAUAAAGAGCGUAACGUACUGCGGAAUAUCUAUAGCUGUACUUGUGUUUAUCUUCCUGAUCUAUGAGAUAGUCACGAGGAAAAAACGCAACCCUAACGCGAAAAGAUACGGUAAGACUUUAUAUUAGUUAAGCGUAUACUGGACCUCGCAGUAUACUCAGGGCGCUUUCCAGAAGUCAAAAUUGGCCGGCGGGACCUAUUAUUUUGAAAAUAAAAUAUUUGUCUUUUUUCGAAACUUUUGAUAAAACCAUCACUGCCGUGCAUGCCAUUUUGAAAUAAACUGAGAUGGCUGAAUAGUCUUGAUUAAUGGUGGAAUUCUUCUGUAAGGAACAACUGGACUGGUCUGGUUCUGACAAAUGGUAUGCGCCCUCAGAGCCUUAAUUCAUUCACAAACUUGGACGCACUGAGUAUGGGAUUCUGCUUGUAUAGGACACUGUUCAAACGUUUUGCUCUUGUAUUGAGUGAAAAAAGUCAAGUCCAGAUUUUCGUCAAUAUGAAGUAACCUCUUAGCUGGAAUGCAACUGCAACACAAUUUUCAUUAUUAAGCUGCAAGAUGAAAGUUGCGUGUGACUUUUUGGUAUGUUCAAAGCAGUUAGUGAAAAACCUGAAAUAACGUUUCGGUCCGGUGGAUUUAUUAUUAAGAAGCUAUGCAAAGGCAGUUUUGAGCGAAGCACGUUAACUGGAACUGUGGCUUUUCCCUUUCCGGUAUAUGCCUUGACGCUUCCAAAGUGUAUUGCUUAGUGUCUUUACUCUUAUAGAGACGAUUUACCCCGAAAUUAGGCAAAAGUGUCCAAGAAUGCAAAACGUCUACUUUGGGUUGACGUGUGUCUCUCAGAAACGCGUCUUCUUAAGCUCUCCAGCUAGUCUGUCCAAGCAGGAACAUAUUUGAUUUCCUUCCAAUUUGAAUAUCUUUUCAACAAUACAGUCAAGGCCCGCUUUACGGACACCCCGUUAUUACAGACAGUUUGCUUUGUCCCUGGGGAAAGAAAGCCCUUACAUUUUGUCUAAAUUCAACCAGCUUAAUAUGGAUAUUUUCUAUGGCCCCCUCAGUGUCUGUAUUACAGUGGACUGCAAAACAGUCCGUAUUUUUGCGUAUUCAAGUACGUGCGAGCAGUCAAACAAAAGGUCUGGAACGAGGCAGAGAACAAACAUUUUUUCCUCUCGCCUCACACGCCCUACGGGCAUGUGAAGCUCGCCACGCUUUACCGAUUUCCUUACUGAUUUUGAGAAGAAAACCGACUGUUUUGCAGUCUAGUAUUACUGGGAUUUGACUGUAUAUCCUUCUUUAUUUAAUCUGUAGAAUAUAGUGACUACCUCCAAGAUCUCCACAAAGAAGAUCGCUUAUACGAGUACAAUAACACAAAGGAUGCGAUGAAGAGUAUCCUAUCAGAUUUCUACAAAAACUGUCGCUUUCGGAUUGAGAAUCUCAAAGCUAAACAUCGAAGAGAACUGCGGCUCUUGGCCCGAUUAAAACAAGAGGCCACGGAAAAAGGAGAAAUAGUCCCAACAAAUGGAAGCUUUCGGAAAAUAAGCAGGGGUGUUUUCGGGUUUACACCUCGAUAUAAUAGCAUAGUUCAGGUAAAUGGCUUUUCUCAUUAA